AUGGGGGUGCAGAGCCCAGGAAGCGGCGACCUCGCGGGGGAGCCGCCCCCUGCUGCCCGCCUGUCCUCGGCGGGUGCCGUGGUCAUCCUGCUCAAGUCUGCGCUGGGCGCCGGCCUGCUCGCCUUCCCCUGGGCCUUCCACAGGGCCGGGGGGCUGCUGCCUGCACUGCUGGUGGAGCUGGUGUCCCUGGUCUUCCUCGUCAGCGGGCUGCUCACCCUGGGCUACGCGGCCGCUGUCAGCGGCCAGACCACCUACCAGGGCGUGGUGGCGGCGCUGUGUGGCCGGGCCUUGGGCCGCCUGUGCGAGGGCUGCUUCACGGCCAACCUGCUCCUCAUCGCCGCCGCCCUCCUCAGGGUCAUCGGCGACCAGCUGGAGAAGCUGGGCAGCUCCCUGCUGCCCGGCGCCCCGCGGCCCUGGUACCUGGACCAGCGCUUCGCCCUGGGCCUCGUGUCCCUGCUGCUUCUGCCGCUGUCCGCCCCGCGCCACAUCCGGGGCCACACGCUCAGCAGCUUCCUAGGCACGCUGGCCGCCUGCUACCUGGCGCUGCUCACCGUGGCUCAGUACUACCUGGGGCCCCCGCGGUGGGGCCGUGGUUCUGACCCGGCUUCUCCCUGCAGCCGCGCCCCCGGCAUCUCGGCCCUCGCCGUCUUCCCCACCAUCUGUUUCGGCUUCCAGUGCCACGAGGCCGCCGUGUCCGUGUACAGCAGCAUGCGUCGCCGUGACCUGCGCCACUGGGCCCUGGUCUCGGGGCUGUCCCUGCUGGCCUGCUGCCUCAUCUACUCCCUGACAGGGGUGUUCGGCUUCCUGACGUUCGGGGCGGAGGCCUCGGCCGACAUCCUGCUGAGCUACCCGGCCAGUGACCCGGCCGUGCUCGCGGCCCGCGUCCUGUUCGUGGCCUCCGUGGUCACCGUGUACCCCAUCGUGGUCUUCCUGGGGAGGUCGGUGCUGCAGGACUUGUGGCGGAGGAGCUGCUGUGGAGCCCUGGCUGACCCCGCGGGGCCCGCCGGCCGGGGGCUCCUGACCGCCCUGUGGGUGGCCGUGACGCUCGCCAUGGCCCUGCUCCUGCCCGACCUCGGCGACAUCAUCGGCGUCAUCGGGGGCCUCAGCGCCUUCUUCAUCUUCAUCUUCCCAGGUCUGUGCCUCAUCUGUGCCGUGGGCGACGAACCCAUCGGACCAGGAGCCCGGCGCGGCCUGGAGGCCUGGGGCGCCGUGUCGGUGCUGGCCGGGGCCUUCAUCUUCGGGCAGAGCACGGCCGCGGCGGUGCUGGAGCUCGUCUGAGGGAGACGGAC